AUGGGCUCUGAGACGAAAGUGGCAGCUGGCAUGAAGGAUAAAGAAGAACAAACCCCCACAGAUGACAAGGAAGAACCUGAGAGCAAGGGCAAAACCUCCGAUAAAUCCCCCUCUCCGAAAGACGAGGAAGAUAUUAAUGAUUCUGCUGAUUUAAAAGCACAAAAGAGUGAAGGGGAAGAGAAGGAUAAGGAGAAUGACAAGGAAAAUGAGACUGUUCAGCCUAGUGACACAUACUGGAACAAGUAUGCUGACAAAUUAGGCAUUGAUGCCCAGGGUGAGAGGCAUCAGCGAAAGGGCAAGGACCGACAUGGUCACAGCAACCGUGAUCGGAAAAGAAGACACGAAGAAGAGUCUCCAAACCAUGAACAGAGACAUGAAGAUUCUCGGCACCGUGAGAAACGGCGAUACAGGGAAUCUCCACGCCGUGACCGACGCAACGAUCAAGGCUCUUCGCAUCGUGAGAGAAGACGGGAUCGUGAUGCAACUGAAAAUAAAGGUGCAGAGGAAGAACAGAGACAAAGUCAUCGCCAACGUGAUCGAGAUAGCUCACACCGUGACAGGAAGAACCGUGAACGGGAGAGGAGGGAAAAUGACAAGCACAGAUCUGAGAAAGAACAGGAUCCUCCAGAGCAUGUCAGAAACAACAGGGAUCACAGUGGGAGGGAUAAUAAAGGAAGACACAGGAGAGAUGAACCAGAUGCCAUGAGUAGGAAGAGGAGAGAGGAUGAGGACAGGGCUUAUGGAAAUACUACCAAAGAGAAAAGUGAUUCAGGUAGAGGAAUCGUCAACUAUGGAGACUUGGAAAGAGAAGAGAGUGAGGAAGUCCGAACGAGAGACAGGCAAAAACGGAGACAAGGUGAAUCGAGCGAUGAUGCUCCAUCCAAGAAAUCCCGUGCUGAUGACCCCAAGAGUCAGGAGGCAAAGAAAACCGAUGAUCCCAUCAUGACUCGAACUGGUGGAGCUUACAUUCCUCCGGCUAGGCUUCGCAUGAUGCAGGCACAGAUUGCAGAUAAAUCAAGUGAAGCCUUUCAGCGUCUUGCAUGGGAGGCAUUGAAGAAGUCAAUCCAUGGUCUCAUCAACAAGGUGAAUGCAUCCAACAUUGCCGUGAUCGUGCGUGAGAUCUUCAAGGAGAACAUCGUGAGGGGUCGAGGCCUCCUCUGCAGGGACCUGAUGCAGGCACAGUCAUUCUCUCCUACCUUCACUCCUGUUUAUGCAUCUCUGGUGUCCAUCAUCAACACCAAGUUUCCCAACAUCGUCGAGCUGCUUAUCCGUCGCCUCAUCAUCCAGUUCCGGCGUAGCUUCAAACGCAAUGACAAGAAUGGUUGUCUCUCCUCGACCAGAUUUAUUGCCCAUCUUGUCAAUCACCAGAUCUGCCAUGAGAUCCUGGCAUUGGAAAUCCUCACCCUCCUGUUGGAGAGUCCAACUGAAGAUGCUGUGGAAGUUGCCAUCGGUCUCCUUCGUGAGUGUGGGAUGAAGCUGACAGAGGUCUCGCCACGAGGCAUUGCUGCCAUAUUUGACAGGCUGCGAAGUGUCCUCCAUGAGAGCCAGCUGGAUAAAAGAGUGCAGUACAUGAUUGAAGUGAUGUUCCAGGUCCGCAAAGAGGGCUUCAAGGACCACCCAGCCAUUCCAGAAGAACUUGAUCUUGUUGAAGAAGAUGAUCAAUUUACUCACACCAUCCUCCUUGAUGAUGCCACAAAUGGUGAAGAAAUCCUCAAUGUUUUCAAGGUCGAUCCAGAGUAUCAGGAGAACGAAGAGAAGUAUAAGAGCCUUCGCCAUGAAAUCUUGGAUGAAGAUGAUGAAGGAAGUGGGGAAGAUGAGGGCGGCACCAGUGGUGACGAGAGUGACGAUGAGGACGAAUCCGAUUCUGAGGAGAAGCAGACCAUCGUGGACAACACCGAGACGAAUCUAGUUGCACUGCGACGCACUAUCUAUCUCACUAUCCAGUCCAGUCUCGACUUUGAAGAAGCGGCACACAAGCUGACCAGGCUGGAACUGAAGCCCGGUCAAGAAGUUGAGAUGUGUCACAUGAUCCUGGACUGCUGCGCUCAGCAGCGGACAUACGAGAAAUUCUUUGGCCUUCUGGCACAGCGCUUCUGCCAGAUCAACAAGAUUUAUGUUGACCCGUUUGAAAGGAUAUUCCAUGAUGCGUAUGACACUUGCCACCGUUUUGACACCAACAAGCUCCGCAACGUGUCCCGCUUCUUCGCCCAUCUCCUUUUCACAGAUGCCAUUCAGUGGAUGGUGCUAUGCAAUAUCAGGCUGAACGAAGAGGACACCACCAGCUCCAGCCGCAUCUUCAUCAAACUUCUCUUCCAGGAACUUGCCGAAUACAUGGGAUUGGGGAAGCUCAAUGAGCGCAUCAAGGACCCCACCUUGCAGCCAGCAUUUGAGGGCCUCUUCCCACGCGACAACCCACAAAACACCCGCUUUGCAAUCAAUUUCUUCACUUCGAUUGGCCUCGGAGGCCUCACAGAUGACCUGAGAGAACACCUGGCAAAACGACCCAAGCCAACAGCUGUUGUGAAAGCAGGGACAGAGACAGAGGGCAAGCAAAGGAGAUCAGACGGGGAUGCCUUCUGGCUCAUCAAACUGCAGCACGUCCAGCAGCGGCUGCACUGGGACUGCGGGCUCGCCUGCGUCGCAAUGGUCCUCCCCGACGACAAGCGGGACCAGUUCCUUGCGAACCUUCCUGCCAUCUGCCAUGAGGAAGGAUUUGGGGAGAGCACAUGGAGCAUCGACUUGGCAUACUUGCUGAGUCGCGUAUCGGUCCCUCACGUCUACUGUACCAUAACGUUUGGUGUGAACCCUGGACAUUCGCGGGAAGCCUUCUAUGACCGCAUCAUUGGCAAGGAUAGGCAUCGAGUGACCAUGCGCUUCGAGCAGGCGGCAGCCCGUGGCGUGAAGGUGGAGCAGCGGGAAGUAUCCCUGGAGGAGAUUCUCUCCCACUUGCGCUACAGGGGUCCCGUGAUCCUCCUCACGGAUGCCAACCGCCUCCUCUGCACCCGCUGCACCUACAACCGCAUCUCCCUCGAUGCUGCUGCCUGUUGCCCCUUCCGCUGCCCCUAUCAAGGUCAUUACAUAGUGGCAUGUGGAUACAGCCUUACCCAACAGAGGGUGUUCUACCGGAAUCCCUCCUUGGGGGACCGAGUGUGCUGCAUGCCGUUCGAGACCCUGGAGGACGCCCGCAGCGCCUAUGGCACGGACGAAGAUGUGAUAUUUGUGACACGAGACACAUGCCUCACCACUGCCCUCUGAUGGACUUUCAUUAUUAUCCUCGAUGUUCACAAACCUACGUGUUUGCAAAGUACUCUGACGAUAUAAUUUUUUCCUUCGAUCGGAAAAUGCCAUACGUGUGAAGUCGUGCUGGUUUGGCACUAGUGAAGACUGCAAAGACUUAUGGAGAAGUGAUGGUGUGAAUCUCAAGUGUAUCCAUUCCAAGAGCUUAUGAUGAAUCGUAAUCUUCCCACAGGAGGAGUGCCUUUUGUCAUGAUCGCACACAAUUAUUGACAAUUACCUCUAUGUUAGCAUUCAACUCAAGGGUAGCACUUUCUCCCUUUCUUGCCAAAGUGUGCCUGUUACUACCAGUGAUCACGCACAGCAUGGGUCGCAUAGCUAGAGAUGUGCACGCCACAAAUAAAUGAUUUUUUUAAUGAAAACACA